AUGACUAUUCCCUUCUAUAUUGUGUUCUCAGCGUUGGUUUUUGUGAUCGGUUGUACCUCUGAAGAUCAACUGCUCACUGAAGAAGGAAGUGGAUUCGAGCCACCAAAGUUUGUCAACAUCAGUGUGGAAUUGGUUUCCAAUCGAUCUUUCGAUCCAGAGAAGAAUGCAUCCAACUUGAAGAUUGUCAAAGAUACUGUAGACGACUAUUCUCGAACCGAAGGAAUCAAGUAUCCAUCUGACAACAUCAAACAAUCUAUCGUAGAUCACGGAGGGAAGUUUGCAGUUAUGUUCAAAAUCCAAGACGAUGCUCGAUGUGAUGAAGUUCGUCGAUUCAUCAAAGGAGCUAAGAAACACUCGAAAGAAGUUUCCUAUGCAGUUCUUAAGUGCGAUGGCGAGAAGACCCAAGUACUUUGA